CAAAUACCAAACAUGAUCUUUUUAUUGAUUUUUUUUUUAAUCUUUGAUUCCUAAUUAUAUAAGAUGAAAGAAACCAUAAUUAAUUUCAAUUUUUUAAGAGCAAAUAUGCAGAACUCAAAGCACUUUGUUCUAGUUCAUGGGAUUUGCCAUGGAGCUUGGUGCUGGUAUAAGAUUCUUGCACUGCUUAAAGCAGCUGGUCACCGUGUCACUGCUCUAGACCUUGGUGGUUGUGGAGUCAACUCUAACUCCAACUCCAAGCAGCUCAAUCAUCAGAUUUCUUCCAUUUCCAUAUCGGACUAUUUGCAGCCCCUCAUGGAUUUCUUGGCCUCCCUCCCUGAAGAAGAGAAGGUGAUCUUAGUGGGUCACAGCUAUGGAGGCAUGGCUAUUUCUCUAGCCAUGGAAAGUUUUCCUAACAAGAUCUUGGUGGCUGUUUUUGUCACUGCCUUUAUGCCAAAUUGUGCAUUCCCACCUGCAACUCUUGUUCUGGAGUUCUUCAAGAGGACUCCAAUGGAGUCCCUCUUGGAUUUCCAGUUCUUUUUUGAUGAUGGCCCAGAAAAGUUACCUACUUCAGCUUUGUUUGGGCCAAAUUACAUGGCAGCCAAUCUCUAUCAGCAUUGUCAACCGGAGGAUAUGGAAUUGGCAAAGAUGUUGAUAAAGCCAAGUCGGCUGUUAUUGAAAGAGUUGUCCAAGGAAUCACUAUUAACAGAAGAUAAAUUCGGGUCAGUAAAUCGGGUUUUUAUCGUCUGCGAAUCUGACGGGCUGUUGAAGAAAGAUCUCCAGGAAUGGUUCCUUGAAAUUAUGCCAACCAAAGAUGUGAAGUUCAUAGCCGGAGCCGACCACAUGGUCAUGCUCUCUAAACCCAUUGAGCUGUGCCACAUGUUCUUGGAUAUUGCUGACAGAUACUAAAUCGCCAACCACAGAUGUACACGGGUCCGUCAUAUGUGAUCCAUUCCAUAUCAGUCCGGAUCCAAAUGCUCCAAUGUUUCCUACAAGCUUAGGGAAGUCACACCAAUUUAAUAUAUUCAUAAAUAGAUAAUUUUAAAAUAUUUUUAAUAAAAAAUAAAAUUCUCCUUGAA